AUGUCCUACCUUGCCAAGAAGUGUGGGGUUCGUUUCCGGCCCCCCUCCAUCAUCCUGGUCUACACAGAAGAGGGCAAGGAGAAGACUCGCCUGCACAUCAUGCCUGUCAGGAACUUCUCCCAGUUCUCAGACUGCAGCUUGGCAGCUGAGCAGCUGAAGAACAACCCUCGACACCAGGCUUACCUGGCAGGAAUCUCCCUGCACCAGCUGCAGAAGAUGUACUAUCUGCUAAGGGGACAUCUGCGAGGAGAGAGCCUGGCUGAGAGCUUGGAAAAGUUCCAGCAGGAAGACACCAUCAACCCAGAAGAAGAUCUGAACAAAUUAGAUGACAAAGAACUAGCCAAAAGGAAGAGCAUCAUGGAUGAGCUCUUUGAAAAGAACAGGAAGAAGAAGGACGACCCGGAUUUCAUCUAUGAUAUCGAGGUAGAGUUUCCACAGGAUGAGCAGCUGGAGUCCUGUGGCUGGGAUGGGGACUCAGAUGAAGAAAUCUGA